CGUGCCCGGAAGUCUUGGAAAAAUAGGAGGAAGGGAAAGAAAGGGGCUUGAAGACAUUUUUUAGGACUGUUCACACUUCGCCGAAUACUUCAAUCGAAACCAUAAUCUUUCUCUAGAAUAAAAGUUCAUGAUCGCGAGAAAUUCAAUAACUAUAAUAUUUCCAAAGAAAUAAGUUGUGGUCGUCCAUAGCAAUGGGUCUACCGACGCUGGAGUUCAGUGAUUCUUUUCUCGACAGUCCGGAGUUUAGAGAGCGACUGCAGUGCCAUGAGAUAGAGCUGGAGCGGACUAAUAGAUUCAUCAAGGACCUUAUCAAAGACGGAAAUAUGCUUAUAUCUGCACUGAGAAGUUUAUCUCUGGCUGUUCAGAGGUUUUCACAGUCUCUGCAGGAGUUCCAGUUUGAGUGCAUUGGAGACGCAGAGACUGACGAUGAGAUCAACAUAGCACAGUCCUUGAAGGAGUUCUCCCAGCUCCUGACCACCAUGGAGGAGGAGAGGAGGCGGCUGAUCCAGAAUGCUGACGACGUGCUCAUAUCCCCCUUGGAAAAGUUCCGGAAGGAGCAGAUCGGGGCUGUGAAGGAGGGAAAGAAGCAGUUUGACAAAGAGACGGAGAAAUACUACUCUGUCCUGGAAAAACAUCUCAACCUGUCCUCCAAGAAGAAGGAUGCACAGCUACAGGAGGCAGACUCUCAGAUCAGCAAGGAGCGCCAGGUGUUCUACGACGCGUCGCUCCAGUACGUCUUCAAAAUCCAGGAGGUUCAAGAACGCAAGAAGUUUGAGUUUGUGGAGCCGCUGCUGGCUUUUCUUCAGGGAUUGUUUACGUUCUACCAUGAAGGCUAUGAGCUGGCCAGUGAGUUUGAGCCCUACAAGCAGCAGCUACAGUUUAACUUGCAGAACACCCGUAACAACUUUGAGAGCACACGCGUGGAGGUGGAGAGGCUGAUGAAGAGGAUACGCUCAGCGGAGACCGACAUCAAAGCUCCGGGGCGCUGGACCAUGGAGGGAUACCUGUACAUACAGGAGAAACGUCCACUAGGGAGCGCCUGGACAAGACACUACUGCACCUAUGAGAAGGGCUCCAAGAUGUUCACCAUGAGUAACCUAGACAACAGGACAGUCAGCAGACAGAAUGGCGCGGUCAGCGGUGGAGCCGAGAUGUUCCGUCUGCGGUCGUGUGUCAGGAGAAAGACGGACUCCAUCGACAAGCGCUUUUGCUUCGACAUUGAGGUGGUGGAGAGACAUGGCAUCAUCACUCUGCAGGCUCUGUCUGAGUCCAACAGGCGGUUGUGGAUGGAGGCCAUGGACGGCAAAGAACCUAUCUAUACUCUACCAGCUUUGCUGAGCAAGAAGGAGGAGACAUUUCUGAACGAGGCCGGUUUUAACUUUGUGAGGAGAUGUAUUGAACUGGUCGAGAUGAGAGGCAUCAACACCCUGGGGCUCUACCGAAUAGGAGGAGUCAACUCUAAAGUCCAGCGACUGAUGACCACAGUGUUUGCCAGCAAAGCUCCCCAUGACCUGCACCUGGACCCCGACAUCUGGGACAACAAGACCAUCACCAGCGGUCUGAAGAACUACCUCAGGUGUUUGGCGGAACCUCUGAUGACCUACAGGCUCCAUAAAGAUUUCAUCAUGGCUGCCAAGUCUGACGACCAGAAGUAUCGUGUUAUGGCCAUCCAUGCUCUUGUCCACAAACUCCCAGACAGAAACAAGGAAAUGCUGGACCUCCUGACCAAUCACCUGCUCACUGUGUCCACUCACAGUGAGCGCAACCUGAUGACGGUGUCUAACCUGGGCGUGAUCUUCGGUCCCACGUUGAUGAGGUCACAAGAAGAGACGGUGGCAGCCAUGAUGAACAUCAAGUUCCAGAACAUCGUGGUGGAGAUCAUUAUCGAGAACCACCACAAGAUCUUCGGUGAGGCCCCGGACCCCUCGGUGCCCCUCCCCCAGGCCCCCCCUCGCUCCGCCCCCCGCAGGAACAAGGCCUUCUGUCUGUCAUCGGGAAACAGGAAGUCCCGCCUCUAUCCGCCAACUCUCUGCCUGGCAGACAACGACAGUGACACGUUCAGCAGCAGCCCCAGCAGCACCCCCUUGGGCAGCCAGGAGUCCCUCUCCUCCCACUCCUCGGAGCAGAACGGCUUCUCCAAGACCUCCCCCCCCUCCUCCCCGUCGGCUCUCCCCGCCGCCUCCCCCCCGUCGGCCCCGCUCCCUCCCCCCGCGCCCCCCUCCCGCUCCCCCUCCCACCCCUCCCCCAACGGGCGGGAGGCCGGGGCCCAGACGGACGUCCCCUCCUCCCCGUCCCCCCGCCCCCCCAGCGCCGCCUCCGCCGCCUCCUCUCGGCUGACCCCUCGCACCUCCUCCUGCUCCUCCACCUCCUCCCUGCGGCCGGCGGCGGGGAGCAGCAGCCCGUCGUGCCAGGGCGCCUCCUCUUCCUCCUCGGGAGUCCACAGGACCCCCUCCUGCACCUCCUCCCCCGUGAAAGAGCCCAGGGCGGCAUUCAAGGCCUCCUCCUGCGCCCCCCCCUCCCUCCAGCUCUCCUCUGUGGAGCGCGCCUCCUCCUUCAGAGAGAGCAGGCCUCUUCAGAGGGACUCCUCCGACUCGUCCUCCCUGAAGGAGAACACGCACACCCUUGUCCACCGGACCUCCUCAUGCAGCUCCUCGCCGGUGAAGGAGACAGGAGGAGCAGGGGGCACCUCCCCCCCGCAGAAGCAGCGAGCGGCCUACCGGACUCCCUCCUCCUCCUCUUUGGCCCCCUACCGGCUCUCCACCUCCUCCUCCCUCACCUCCCUCCAUAUCUCAGAGGACUACCAGAGCUGCCAUGGCUCCGUGCAGAGUCUCAUGUCACUGGACCCGAGAGACGCCACGCUGACGCGCAGCACACACAACGGCUCCCACACACCAGACCUGACCCUCACACGCUCUGGCCCACCAGCCUCCAAUGGCUACCAGAGACCUGGAUCAGUUGUGUCCUACAGGGCGGUGCAGUGUGAGAGCCUAGGAGGACCCCAGACCAGAGGAAGGGAAGCCAGGGCCCUGUACUCCUGUGAGGCCGAGCACAGUCACGAACUCAGCUUCCCCCAGGGGGCGCUCUUCUCUAACGUGUACCCGUCUGUGGAACCCGGUUGGCUUCAGGCGACACACAAUAGUAAAACCGGCCUCAUACCGGAAAACUACGUGAUCUACAUGUAACCCACCAAACGCUCCAUUUUGUGUUCCCUAGCAUAGCAAAAAAAACUUUCAGCACAGUAUAUCUACCUAACUAGAAGCCUGUGAUAAAUCACACAUAGGCGAUGUGAGUGUAUUAUGAUAAUAAUGUAGUACUUAGGUAUUAUUACCUGGCCAGGAUAUGUGCGGUCUGGGUCUUCUAUGACAUGAAAGGCCGAUACAGUACGACUGUAAGCAUGUUGCUUGUUGAGGAUCCAAGCAUUUUAAGUUUUUUUUUUUCUAGCGAUAACAAUCUGUAUUUGAACAGUACAGAGAGAUUUUUACCCUGAAUUUAUUAUUAAUAAAUUAAUUGUUUUGUUAAUUGUUGAUUAAUAGUGCUGACAUUUGUGAUUGUGUGGGGAGCGUGUGUGUAUGCGUCUGUAUUGCACUUCUAGAUAGUAUUCAUAUUAUUGUUUUAUUAUAUAACACUGUAUUAGGCUGUUUUUAUAGGGUAAUUGUUCUGCCCUUGGCUACUAUUAUUUGGUACUCCAUUUCAGACAAACUCCUUCAAAGACACUAAUGUAUUAAUGUCUACAACAAUAACACUGACUUUUCAGCUGGUUGUAAAAAUGAUCUGUAUUUAAUCACUGUAGAUGUCUAUAUGAAGUUUUAUGAUUAAAUAUUUAAAGGAUGUUUUUUUAUACAAAGUGCUCACUAAUAAAGUAUAUUGACACUG